GGAAGGCGGGUAAGUAGGCAUAAACUCCGUUAUCAAUGUCCGUACAGUUUGGGUGGUAGAGGAUCGAAGAGAGAUGGAAGAUAGAUUUGACCGUUAUUUCCGUUUUGCUGCAGCGAGCAGUGGAGAUUUGGAGAAGAAGAAGACUGACUCUGCAGCUUCUGUAACCUCAAAAACCCUAAUUAAACCCCCCCCUUUUCAACGUCCUUCAAACAAAUCGCAAUGCCUUGUGGCGCUGCUGCUCUGCAACUCUCGCUUCCUACCUGCGCUUUCAACAAAUCUUCUCGAAAGCCUCUCAAUUUCAGACAUUGCCGUUUCCGAACCGUCGCAUCCUCCUCCUCCUCCUCCUCCUCUCAAGACGGAGAUGUUAACGACGAAAAUCGAGCCGGAAACGGCAGAAAUCAACGGCAGACGCAAGUGAUUUUAGUGGAGAGAUAUGGAAAUGGCACUGCUAAGAGGUAUGUGGUAGAUGAUGAAUUUCAAGUGCAGACAUUUGUCGAGGACGAACUUAUUGGUUCGGUAUCAGAUAGUUCCGGGAGCUCACAUUUCAACAACGAAAAAUUAUCAUGGCUUCCGGAUAUUGUCAAAGAUUUUAUCUUUCCUGCAGGCUUCCCAGGAUCGGUUUCUGAUGAUUAUUUGUUGUACAUGUUGUUACAGUUCCCUACCAAUGUUACUGCAUGGAUAUGCCAUACCUUAGUCACAUCUAGUCUCCUAAAGGCUGUCGGUGUUGGCUCUUUCUCAGGCAGUACGGCUGCUGCUUCAGCGGCUGCUAUAAGAUGGGUUUCAAAAGAUGGAAUUGGAGCUGUUGGACGCUUAUUUAUCGGUGGGCGAUUUGGAAAUGUUUUUGAUGAUGAUCCAAAGCAGUGGCGCUUGUAUGCAGACUUUAUUGGCAGUGCUGGAAGUAUUUUCGAUCUUACUACACAGUUGUAUCCUGCCUAUUUCCUGCCAUUGGCAUCUCUCGGAAAUCUUGCAAAGGCUGUUGCGAGAGGGCUAAAAGAUCCUUCAAACCGUGUUAUUCAAAAUCAUUUUGCAGUUGAGGGAAAUCUUGGGGAGAUAGCAGCAAAGGAGGAAGUAUGGGAAGUGGCUGCUCAGCUGCUUGGCUUGGGCUUGGGCAUACUGUUCCUCGAUACCCCAGGCCUUGUAAAAGCAUACCCAGUAUUGGCAACGACAUGGACGUUCAUGCGACUACUACAUCUUUGGUUACGUUAUCAAUCACUUUCUGUUCUCCAAUUUAACUCGCUAAAUCUUAAGCGUGCUCGUCUACUGAUUAAAUCGCAUGUAUUACAUUCUAUUGUACCUGGUGUUGUUGAUUGCAAUAGGGAAGAAAACAUAUUAAUAUGGCAAAGAUUCAUGAAACCACGAAUUACAUUUGGUGUGCCCUUGGAGGAGAUGAUUUCUGGAGAGAGAGCCGCUCCUAUGGUGAAGGAACUUCUGGAAUUAUACGCAAAGGAGAAGUAUAUUCUUGUCGUGAACCAACAAAUAAGCGAGUUUGAGGUCUUUGUUUCGUUCAAGGUUGGAGCUACGAGUAUCUCGGUCUUACGAAGUGUGUGGCAGGCUUAUUGGCUCCAUGCCAACUGGAAUAGCUUAGGAAAUGCAUUUGACCAACUUACAGAAAGCCGGUUGGAGAUGGAAGACCGGUUCGAGGACUUCAUCCAGCAGUUAAAUGGAAGUGGAUGGGAUACAAAUCAAAUGAAUCUGAAGGUCCCCAAGGAAAUCUCGCUUGAUGAAUUGAACCCCGCUUGAGUUUUCAUAUACCGGCAUCAAAAUAGGCAUGUAGGUUUCACAGAUGACAGAACAAGCACCAAGGUUGAUGAGUUUGGAUAGUUCUUCCAAGAAGUAAAUUGUACCAAGGUGAGGUCUGGAUCAAUUCCUAACCCCCAGAAGGAUGGACUGCAGUGACAAAGCCACCAGCUGAUCCUUUUUUGUAUAAGAAAAUUACAAAAAAAAAUACAAUUUUGUACCACUUUAGAACAGCCAAGUUUGUCCAUAAAACAUUUAAGUAAGCAACAUGCCACAUCAACCUAUAUUAUAUAAUUUUAUUUA